UGUCUCGGGACUAAAACCUGGAUUUCACACCUCUAUUUUGCUCUUCCUUUGUUCAAAAUCACUCCUCAAUGGAUCUUUUAAGGACGCAUACAUUUCUGAUUCUGUUGCAUUUAGGACAUUGAGGUACACUUUUGACAUCACACCCGUCCACUUUCCUCUUCUCCACGGAUCCAAAAGUUGGAAAAGUCCUCAUCAUCUCAUCAUCACUUUGGGACUUUUAGCAGGUGUCAAUCCCAAGUAGUACACGGUGAAGGAGGAUGACAAGCGGCGUCUAGUGGAUACUUUUUUCUCGUUUUCUUUAUAAGAGUGACUAGGAUUUUGUUUUGGGAUAAAAGAAAAAAAAAGAAACAGAAAAGAUGCCUUUUGAUUUUGCAGGUUUGAAAAAUCAGGUGCUAAAACCUGGGAAGGAGGAGGUCAAGAAUACUGUGGGGGAUUCUUUAGGAAAGCUGCAAAGGAAAAUGGACGGUAACAAUGUUGAGGAUGAGGAAAACAUUGAACUGACGGAAGAUGGACGGCCGGUGGCGUCAGCACCACUUCCUGCCCCCCUGCUGGACUGCAGCUGCGGCGGUCUGCCCAAGCGCUACAUCAUUGCCAUCCUCAGCGGCCUGGGCUUCUGCAUCUCCUUUGGCAUCCGAUGCAACCUGGGCGUGGCCAUUGUAGAGAUGGUGAACAACAACACGGUCUAUAUCAACGGGACGCCAGUGAUUCAGAAAGCUCAGUUUAACUGGGAUCCAGAGACUGUGGGGCUGAUCCACGGGUCCUUCUUUUGGGGCUACAUCGUCACUCAGAUCCCAGGCGGAUUCAUCUCCAACAAGCUGUCUGCCAACAGGGUUUUUGGGGCUGCCAUUUUUCUGACAUCGGUGCUGAACAUGUUCAUCCCAUCAGCUGCCAGGGUGCACUACGGCUGCGUCAUGUUUGUACGCAUCUUGCAGGGGUUAGUGGAGGGGGUCACCUACCCAGCGUGUCACGGGAUGUGGUCCAAGUGGGCUCCGCCUCUCGAACGCAGUCGACUGGCGACCACAUCAUUCUGCGGUUCCUACGCCGGAGCGGUAAUCGCCAUGCCUUUAGCUGGAGUUCUGGUGCAGUAUGUCGGCUGGUCGUCAGUCUUCUAUCUUUAUGGCGUGUUUGGGAUCCUGUGGUAUAUCCUGUGGCUCCUCCUGGCUUACGGGAGUCCUGCUCAACAUCCCACAAUCACUCAGGAGGAGAAGAUGUACAUCGAGGCUGCCAUCGGCGAAACAGCCAACCAACUGAGUGUUACAGAGAAAUUCAAGACCCCAUGGCGUCGUUUCUUUACCUCCAUGCCGGUCUACGCUAUCAUUGUGGCAAACUUCUGCCGCAGCUGGACCUUCUACCUGCUCCUCAUCAGCCAGCCGGCAUACUUUGAGGAAGUGUUUGGCUUCCCCAUCAGCAAGGUGGGGAUCUUGUCUGCCGUCCCUCACAUGGUGAUGACAAUCAUCGUCCCUAUCGGAGGGCAACUGGCGGACUUCUUACGAAGUAAAAAAAUUAUGUCAACAACAAAUGUGAGGAAGCUCAUGAACUGUGGAGGAUUUGGUAUGGAGGCCACACUUCUGUUGGUUGUUGGAUUUUCUCACACGCGAGGAGUCGCCAUUUCCUUCCUCGUGUUGGCUGUAGGCUUCAGUGGAUUUGCCAUUUCAGGUUUUAAUGUCAACCAUUUGGAUAUAGCUCCUCGUUAUGCCAGCAUCUUGAUGGGCAUUUCCAAUGGAGUUGGAACGCUGUCUGGAAUGGUGUGCCCCCUCAUUGUUGGAGCUUUGACUAAAAACAAGACUCGUUUGGAGUGGCAGCAUGUCUUCAUUAUUGCCUCCAUGGUGCAUUACACAGGAGUCAUCUUCUAUGCUAUCUUUGCGUCAGGAGAGCAGCAGGACUGGGCCAACCCCGAGAGCUUGAGUGAGGAUAAAUGCGGCAUUAUCGAUGAGGACGAGCUGGCGGAGGAGUCAGAACUUACCACCGACGGUGGCCUGGCUUCCAAAAAGAGCUACGGAACCACAGACAAUUCAUACGGUCGAAAACAGGGAUGGAAAAAGAAGAGAGGGGUCACCAUGGAGGGGGAGGAGGAACACUGUGGUAACGGGGACUACCAGGAUGGGUACCAGUGAGACAGCAGGAGGAUUACAAUUAGAGGACUUCCAGAACACUCGGGUGAAACUGAAGGUCUGAUUUCACACCGGAGGAGGAGUUCAGGGGAAACAACAACAGCAGCUGCAGCAUCAAAAGCACCACAAGAUAGUCUUUUUCAGCUAUCAGUGAAGAAUGUACAAUACUGUACAAUUGUUUCAGACCUUCUGUAAUUUCUGAAUAUUAUGUUUCAAGCUGAUGUUUUGUGAUUUUUGUCUUCAAAAAUCACAGUCUGGCUCCUUGGAAGCAAAAAUAUGAAGAAAUGAAGGUCGACUUAUGUUUUGCACAGUACUUUGGUUACCUGAUAUGUAAAAAAAAAAGAAGCAAAUAUUUGACAUUAUUUUAAAUUAGAGAGUCACUGGAAAGACAGAAUGUGUCUAUCACACAAAAAUACAACUAAGUUACAAAUUUGACAUCUGUUUUGUACAAACCAGCAUCACACUGAAGAUACAUGAGCAACACAUAUCAACUUCCAAACCAACCUGUAACCUUCAUCCUGCAGGUGACGCUGAUUGCAGUUUAUGUUAAUCCAUGUGGACGGUCCAUGAGACGUUUUGUGUCCGCUAUGCAACCUGAAAAAACCUGAAGGAAUGUAAAGAUUAGAUCUCAGUAGACCACAGUCUGUAUGGAGUCAGUCUUAUUAGGGUUUCCUGUGUAAAUCUGCUGUUGCUGAAUGGUUGCACUGCUUUGCUUCUUUGAGCCGGUUUUAAUUCACCAUGUGCUUGGAUGGAAAUCAUCUUUAAAUCAGCGUUAUUAUUUACGGAGCUCUAGGCUCCAUAUUUUAGUUGGACAAAAUGAAUGUUCAAUGUUUUUUUUCUUCCUCUUUUUGUCUACAUGGUGAUCCAGUUAGAAACACUGAGUAUUUUGCUAUAAUCACAGAAGAAUGUGUAAAAUGCUCAACAAAGAAAAUGUGCUGUACAUUUGAACAUUUUAGGCUUGAUUUGCACACAAAACGUCUGGUGUAAAAACAAAUAACUGCAUUAUUGAAGAUUAUUGAGAUGGUUUAUGGAUUACGUCAUGAAAAGUUUUAAGGUUCUGGAUUAAGAGAUAAUGUCUAUGUGAAUGAUGAACUUUUUUUUUCUUUGUGAAAUCAUGAAAACUUGAAAAAGACUUUAUUA